AUGACCCAUGUGUUGCCCAGCGUGAUCACAGGCUUCUGUUGCAUUGUGGGAAUCCCUGGGAAUGUGGUGGUUCUGAUAGUCGUGGGGCGGAAAUUUGAGAGUGGGAACUUCAACAUGCGUCUGAUGCUGAAUCUGGCACUGUGUGACCUGAGGGUCUUGCUGUGCCUGCCUCUAGUUAUCAACAACCUACUGAGGGCCUGGGAUCUGGGCCCCACCGCCUGCAAGCUGCUCUUCUUUCUGAUCUAUUGCAGCCUGAAUGGUAGUGUGCUGACCAUCACCCUGCUGAGUGUGCAGUGCUGCAUCCAGGUGCUGUACCCCCACAACUGGGCGCAGCUAGGUCGUAUGGGGGAAGAGGCACUCCUCCUGUCCCUGUGGGGGCUGGCAGGGUUCAUUGCCUCUACCGCCUUCUCUGUCCUUGACGUCAAGACAUACCAUGGCAGCAAAUCCUGCAGCUCACACUUCCAGAGCCUCAGAUAA